AUGAGCUCCACGUCCUUGGCUUCUUCCUUGGCUUCUUCUUGUUCGUCGGCGGAUGUUCUGGCCGCCUUCGACGAUGCCAUCGCUGACGGGGUGGACGUCAUAACCAUCUCGAUUGGGAGGAGGUCCGCUGUUGACCUCGACAGAGACACCAUCGCCAUUGGCGGCUUCCAUGCGACCAAGAGAGGGAUCUUGACGGUCCAUUCGGCCGGAAACGGCGGGCCGGAUCCUGCCACCACGGCGAGCGUGGCUCCGUGGUUGCUCUCGGUUGCUGUCAGCACCAUCGACCGGAAGUUCGAGUCCAAGGUUGUUCUCUGCAACGGAAAGAUUUUUACGUUUUUGGCUCUUCAAGCUGGCGCUAAGGGAGUCGUCUUCCCUUACGCAGAGCUCGACACGGCCUCCGUCGUCUCGUUGCCGGCAAGGGUUUCUUAA